AUGUAUGUACAAUAUAAUAUUAAAUAUUGUUUUAUAGAUGCAAAAGGUUAUGUAUGUUACGUCGGCCCAAACAAUAAAUUUCCAUAUGUAGCUGUAUGUGAUCCUUAAAUAAUAAACGAGUUUAUGUGCGAAAAGGAUCAUUUUUAUGAAAGGGAUACUGAAUAUUCAUAUGUAUCUAGGAUUUUGGGAAAAAAUGAUUCAAAUAAUAAUACUUUAGUUUGGUAUCUUUUAAAAAAAAAAUAAAAUAAAAAAAUGUCGUAUAAUACAUUUGCACACGACGGAUUUUUCGGUUGGCUAAAUAAUUAUAAAAGAAAAUAUUUAAAAUUUGUUUUUGAUGUAGGAGAGCGUCCACCAUAUCCAAUAAUUAAUUCAAACGCAACUUUUGUUGAUGUAGUUGAUAAUUUUAAUUUUGCUGAUUUUGGUAUUAUUUUUACAUGUACUGUUUUAGGAUUUCCUUUUUCUAGAUAUGCAUGUAGAUCUUUAAAUCAUGAAUCUUUAUAUCUUAAAAGAUAUAUGUUUUCAACUGCAUGGACAGCUAUGAUAAGUUAUGGCUUUUUAUAUGCUUUUGCUAAUUCUUAUAAUAGAUUAAACGGAUUUGUUGAUAAUGGUUUAAGAUGGAAAAGAAAAGAAAAAAUACUUAUCAAAUAUGAUUUUACAAGUGAAUACGAAAAGUCAAGUAUUUUUGGAUUUUUCAGACUUAGGGAAGUUAAUGAAUAAUGAUUUUAUUAUUAAAUAAAAUAUAUUUUUUUUAAAGUAUUAAUAUGGGAAUUUGCAACGUAUUUUUUUUUUUUAAAAAAA